CAGGUACGCAGAAUUCCAGCUUGAACAGGCUGCUAGCGCAGUUCUCACCUUUCUUCGUAGGCUGCUAUACUGCUUGUGGUGUAGUACAUAGCGCGACUGCUAUGCAGUGAUAGCUGCACACCGCUUAAAACUUGACACAUACAUAACAGCUAAUGUAUAUUUAUGUCUAUAGGAAUAUAUACAUAUAUAUAUACACAUAUAUAUAUGCAUAUGCAUAAGUAUACAAGAAAACAAUAUGCGGUUUUUACGCAGGCGGAGGCACGUAGUGCUCGCGUGUUUAGUAUUGAUCCUUCUAAGCUUAUGGCCUAAUAUAUAUAGCCCUAAACCCAUAGUCAUAGACGUUGAAUCUGACACACUAUACAUUAAUCACAGGCGAAGGCCGAGGCUGUCCAUAGAACCUGCUGGAAACUAUGGCAACGCUUACUAUGGCUCAGAUGAGUUUGAACACAGCACAAAUGUCCCCCCGUGUAGAAAGUUUUUUGUCGUAUGGCCUGUUGGUGCAGAGGAGUGGCAAGAGACCAAAACAAUCGCGCUAGAGAGUCUAUUUAGAUACGAUCCAUGUGCGCAGGUGUUUAUAUACGCGAAUGAGCUGCCUUUGGAUUUCUUUGACCUGUUCGUAGAGGCUGGUUUCUUCGUGCGUAUAGAACGGUAUGACCUGCCUACUUUGACGGAGAAUAUGAGAGGGUCAAAGUAUGCAGAGAUGUACUUUGACGUGAGGACUCGCAAGCGAUCAAGCAACUACGCUAUGCACGAAGUCUCGUUUUUAAGAGCUGUAUUGCUGUAUAAAUACGGUGGCAGCUAUACCAGUCUAGACUACUUGAUGCUACCUACUUCCAGAUCUAUCAGCACGUCCAGGAAUGUGGUGGGAGCGGAGAGAUGUGUAGAGGACUCCCCAGGCUGCUUUGACAUCCACUAUCUGCCUGGGCUAAAGACCAUAGGUGGCGUGCACCACUUCCCGAAUAACGCCCACCUCACCGCCUCCGCCCGUGUGCUACUGGACUGGGACAGCCGGCACACACUCAUGGAGCGUAUACUCUACGAGUUCGACAACUACUUUGACUCAUCCUGUGCUGACUGCACGGGCGACCAGUUGGUGGGUGUACUAGUUCCGCAGUUCUCCGAUAGCGUGACCUUAGUGGCUGAGGAACUAAUGUUCUCAGUGCGCAUGAACCAGGUCAACUACCAGGAAUGGGCGGCUGGCACUACAUACUGCGACCUGGCCAUGAGCUCAGGCUUUGGCUUCAAACUCGACACGCAAACUCGCACGCAGUACAACUUGGAACACGAGGCUACGCUACAGUGCUUGACGGAUAGGAUACGUAUCAGACCCAACGUGACUGUGCCGUUCGAUACGGUACGAACACCCAUCGGAGCUGUGCUGAAGCAGGCGUACAAGCCCCAGAAUAUACAGCGCUCGCUUUCUUGUGCGAGCGCAAAGCAUAUACCGAUGCAACGAAAUGUGGCCGUGGUGCUAUUAAUGUCCAAUCAAGAAGCAAGGGAUAUACGGACUAUUCUGCAGACCUUUAUGGACAGUGCCUAUGUACGCGAGUUUGUCAUCUGGAACAACAACCCCGACGUGCCCAUAACGGCGCAGAGUGUAUACACGGAAUAUAUCAACCUGGUCAAGGGCAGCCAGGGCAAGCACCCCAACAACAUGGAAAAGGGGCCGUUUGUCCCGUGCAUACGCGUGUACAACGUAGAACGGGGCAUGAGCGUGCUGUCUCUGGGUCGGUAUGCGGCCUGCUUAGCCUCCACCUCCGCCCUGUGCUACUUCCAAGACGGGGGGUAUGUCGUAGAAGACUCUGAGCCUCUGUUCAAUCUGGCCAACCAGGAACCUCACCGCAUGCACAGCUUGACCACCGCUGAAGGUGUGCGUGCGGCUAACACAUGGAAGUUCAACGAUAUCUCGGAGGGUGUUGGACUACACGCCCAGUUCUCGGGUGUGAACAUGGGGUCGUGCGUGUCCCGCGAGAUAGUGCAACGGUUUGUACUGCAGUUGCUGGCCUCGGGAAUUAGUUCGACGGACCGGACGAUGGCGGACUUCUACUUUAGUGUAUGGGCCAACGUGCCGCAGGAUGUGCUGGAGGGCAAGAUUAGCAAGCUGGCAAGCGCCUCUGGCGACAACAUCGAUGAGGUAUACGACCAGUUGCAGGAUAGGGGCAGCAAGUGGAACCAGGUGAAGAUCAAAUACAGCGUUGAUAAGCUGUAUGCCGUGCUGACAGAGUCCCACUACGCGAGCGUGCGACAUCUGUUCCUGCCGUACGACUUUAGCACUCCCAGUUGGUACCACACAAUCAGCGGUGAAGAGCAGCUGCGCACACACUCACUCACGCACAAACACCUGCACAGCCGCAGCGCUCUUGACCUAAUCGACACUCAAGCACACGCGCCUACCGCGCUGUUGCGCGAACCAAGCUUGUUUACCGGGUGUACGAUCCACCAUAAGGACUACCAAGGGAUUGUUCGCACGGAUGCUUCACGGUACUCAAAGAUACAUCCACCUACGUAUGAUCCCAGUGUGGGGCUGGACGCACACUUGGCACGAACAUCCUUCCAGGAUCGCGCGGAGUAUAACAUUAGAAACUUAGUAGACGGCCAGCGCAAGACAUACUUCAUCCCGUUUAUGGACCAGACGUGCCACAACAUCACCAUCGACCUCGUACAACCUAUAGCGUGUAGCUACGUUGCUGUUACUCUUUCCUCUGGGGCUGAGAGUGUGCAGAUUGUAGUGCGCAUGGCCCGAAGUGGGCGUAUGCUCAACAUAGGCAGACACCGUAUGGAUCGCCGAACGGGCAAGCAGACAGUAGCCGGAGGUAGGAAGGGGGUUAUGUUGGAGGAGGACUAUAGCGAUGGCAUGCGGUCGGAAGAGUACAAGGUGCAGAGCUUGCUUGUGUCUUGGGUGGCAGUGGAGGUUUGUGCGCGAGUUGUGGACAGCAGAGAGGUUCCCAUAGACGUGUACGACUUGUCCUUGGUGACUGAACUGUAAACUGGAUAUGGGCGUAUGAACGCCGAUAUCUAUAUAUACUCUUUGUGCGUGCAUAUGUGCUACUAUAGACUCAGGCAGAGCGACAAAAACGAGCACAGGUCCUCAAAUAUGGGUGUGCUCGAACGUGAGCUGUGGUGAGCGUUCAAAAGAGUUAUGCACUUAUGCAGCUUGGGAAGAGGGUGAUCUGCACCACUGGAAUGCACCUAGUCCGGUGUUUGGGUUUGAAGUGAAAGUAUUUAUUAGUAAUAGAGCGAUUGAAAUUAAACGAGAUUCUGGAC